AUGGUAACAAUAAAGUACGAAUUCAGAUCAAUGCAGGAAAAAUUGGACAUCAUGAUUCAGCGAGAUGAGGAAAACAUCUUAACAAAAACUAAGGAUUUGAGUAUGUAUGACACUGGUGAUAUAGAUAAUAAAUUACCAAUCAACACUCAGGAACAGUUGGAAGAAUUAGAAAAUGAUUUGUCUAACAAUAAACAUUAUCGGUGUCAAAUGAUUAAACGUUUAUCAUCUGUGGGAGGAAAGUCAAUAAAAAUUAUGGCAAAAAGAAUAAUGGCUAUAUUAUUUAUACCAGAAAUAUUAUGUGAAUUUUCAUAUAGUGGUCGUAGUAACAAAAAACGACCAUUUGAGAAAUUGCUUGUAAAUAAAAUUAUUUUUGAUUCUGUCCUUACAAUCAAAAAAUUUGCCAAUGCUGAUAACGCAGCUAAUGAAAUUGAACAGGUUAUUAAGUACUUUCUUAUUCAAACUCCAUUUAAAAUUAAAGAUAGGGCAGGAAAAUAA